AUGAAAAGAUAUAAGGAAAAAUCCAAGGAGUUGAUGAAUACCUUCCAAAUAUGCUGCAUCAAACAAAUUCCCAGAUCCAAAAACAAAAAGGCUGAUGCCUUAAGUAAGCUAGCAUCUCUCACCUUUGCCCACCUCACUAAGAAGGUGUUGGUAGAAGUGCCGAAGGCUCCGUCGAUUGAUGAAUUGGAAGUUCAAGACGUAGUCACUGAGGAAGAUCCAAACUGGAUGACUCCCAUAAAAAAGUUCCUUAAAAAUGGUGAACUACCCAAGGAUGGAGUAGAAGCUGAAAGGGUUAAAAUCAAAGCAAGGCAAUAUGUACUGCAAGGAGAAACCCUUUACAAAAAGGGUUACCUUGCCCCCUUGCUAAGAUGUGUUGGUCCUGAGCAAAAUUAUUUCACCAAGUGGCCCGAGGUUAAACCACUCGCAAAGAUCACGGGCAAACAGGUCAUUGACUUCGUUUGGGAAAACAUUUGCCGUUAUGGAUUGCCGGGAGUGAUGGUAACCGACAACGGGAAGCAAUUUGCUGAGAAGCCUUUCAGCGUUUGGUGCAAAGAGUACAGAAUUAACCAGGUUUUCAGCUCAGUCGCUUACCCGCAAUCAAAUGGCCAGGUGGAAAGGGCAAAUCGAAGCAUAGUGGAAGGAAUCAAGACAAGAUUAGGAAGAUACGAAAGUAACUGGCUUGAAGAAUUGCCUAGUGUUCUAUAG